AUUCUCUGCAGUUCAUCACCAGAGUCUUCUCCUUUAGAUGACGCAGCCUUAGUAUACGUAACAACGUAUACUGAUAAAGAAGACGCAUGGACAACUGAAGAAUCCUUGCGGCUUGCCUCUCGCCUGGUGGAAACCAGCCUGGACAAUGACAGAUUGGAUACAUUCAUCACCCAGUGCCUGCUCCACGAUACGCUUCGGCCUCUAUUUUCCAAGCCAUCUGCCAGGUUAACUGCCUCAGGGCGGCCACUGCAAGUCGCUCACCAGCCAACUGACAUGCAGCCUAUGACAUCACUCGACUCUUUAUCUCAGGAGCAUGAGAAACUCCAUGCUGCAUCGAGUUUUAACUGGGCAGUCAUGUCAUGUAGUCAAGCUGCGGUUGGCCGUUAUUGGCCAUUGUUUCUUCCGAUUCUGCUCUCACUAGCUGAAGAUCAUAACACAGCCGUUAGGGUUAAAGGGCUCCGAAUUCUUGGCCUGUUUUUAGACAAAUGCUCCCCCGACACGAUACUGUCUGCCGGCGUUGACAAUGUCAUACAAGACGCGGUUUUCCCUACACUCCUCUUCUUACCUGCCACAACACCUGAGAGCGAGUCUGUAGAGCUCCUAUUUCCAGCAUACCAAGUCCUCCUUCAGAUAGCUCAGCUGGAUCCAGAUACAAGGAGUUUACGAAGGCGGCGUUUUCUCGACAAGCUCCUGAGAGACGGGAUCUUUGUGGGCCAUUAUCACGCCUCACAGCAUGCCCGAAUUGUUGAAGUUCUUAUGAACAUCACAAAAGAUAUCAUCUCCUGCCUUGGAAUCUUCUCUGCUAAGCACCUC